AUGGCCGCCUACCCAUCCUGGUGGCACUUCGCCCUGCUGGGAGAGCUCUCUCGCAUCUGUGGCCGCCCCGCCGCCAUGGUCAUGUUCCGCUGCACGCAGAUUCCUUCGUCCUUCGUCCAUAUCUUGGAGAGCGAGCUGGACAAGCUGCCCGAGAAUCCGACCAAUGCGAAUACGACUUUGGAAAUGCUGCGGCCGAUACUGUACACGCUUCACUGGUGGCGGCUGACGUCGGUCCACCCGGAUGGGAUGGCGACGGCCUUCUUCUUCGCGGAGGAGUGCCAUAGGGUGUUAGCGCUCAUAAAACGCUGCUUCACUCUGUGGCCAAAGUUGAAGGAGCUGCCGCGCAAUAUCUGCCCCGCGGCCUUUGGUGAAUGGUGUUUCUAUUCAUACGACGGUGGUUCUAUCCACUCCAAGCUCGACCUGCCUUACGACGAGUCUCUAUACCCCGCUCUUGUUCUCGAGAGCUCCAAACGGAUCCGCGCGGUACGGGCGGAGGAUAACAUGUUCGUGCUUGCGCACACCAAACUAGAGGACCAAUGUAUCGAUCAUUGUGGCUUUCCACCGUGUAUGGCGACGUUUUGGCGUUGGGAGCGCAGUGCCCACAGGAACGUCUGCGCGGACAUUCGUUACUUGGCCUCGAAGCUCGGGUAUCCCUCGAUAUUCACGCCCAAACCCUGGGCAAUGAAGUUCGACAGACGGAGCGUGCAGUCUUAUUGCGAGCGCGAGGGUGUUGACAAGGCGGCCAUUGAACGUGUGGCGCGGUAUGAGAAAGACCAUCUGAUCAUCCUGAAAGAAGUCUAUGGCGGUAAGAAGAUCUCUCGAUAUACGCACCACUCUGAUGCGUUGGCCUUGCAGGUUCCGCUGAUGCUACAACGUAUGCCAACAGGCUGUCUUGAUAGUCCGUGGUGCUGCUCGAGCUACAUAAUUCCGUAG